CCCAGCUCUGGGAGUGGAGCGGGGUCUAGCGGUUAGAGCCGGGGGGUGGGGGCUGGGAGGAGUGGAGCGGUGCCUAGCUGUGUGUGUCAGGACCUCUAUGGUUGCCUGCUGGGGAUCUGCCCCCCGCCCCAGCUGGAGGAAGCUCUGAGGAGCACAAGCCCGCUCCAUUAUUAACCCUUCGCUGCAGCCUCUCUGACGCAAUCCCCUUUCGCAACUGCCCUGACCCGGCCAGGGGCUCCGUGCCCCAGGGCAGCCGUCAGGACAGGGCGCUGGACCUGCGCCAGCUGCCAAAGUCUGCUGGCACCGGAGCCCCAAGGGGCGGGGAGGAGAGUCUCACCAGACACCCAGUGCCCUGCCCCACACCUCCCCCCAUCCCCAGGCCUGUAUAAGGCCAGUUCCUGCCCUCCGACACCCGGUGCCGGAGCGAUGCUGAGCCUGCUGCUGCUGCUUCUGCCCCUGCUGCCCCCUGGUGCGGCCCUGCCCACCCUGCCCCCACCGGGGGUGGCCCCGCAGGAGGAGGUGGACAUCCUGGUCUAUGGGGUGCUGCAGUUCAGCCAGGCGCUGCACGAGACCUACAGCGCCACGGGGCAGCGGCUGGAGCAGGCCGGGCGCCAGCUCGGGCGCUGCCAGCACCUGCUGUGGGCCCUGCAGCGCCAGGCACAGCAAGCCCGGCAGGCUAUGGACGAGCUGCGCGAGGCAGUGGGGAGGCUCAAGGUACCUGCCUGCGGAAAGCGGGGGGGUUGGGAGUCAGGACUCCUGGGUUCUAUUCCUGGCUCUGGCACUUCCUCAGCUUGAAACCUCGAGGUUCACAUCUCUGCCUCGGUUUCCCUAGCUGUAUGGCAGGGGUGAUGGUUUAGAGGCCUGCAGGAGGCCAGGAGGGGAGGAGGAUGAGCCCGCUGGAUCCUGGCCCUGGGGCUAAGAGGAUUUGGGGGUGUCUCCCCAGCUGGGGCCAGGUCUCUACUAACCCCCAAGUCUCCAGGUCUCCCAGUUCAUCUGCCCAACUGAGGGUGCCCACAGCCCCGAGGGCAGGAUUACCAGCCCCAGAUGGGAAAACUGAGGCACAGGGCAGGAUGCUUUUGCUGCUCUCCCCUCCCCCCGCCAGACCGAGGAGACGGCGCUGCAGCUGCAGACCCACAGCAUGGCCCAGGCCUUCCAGACAACGCUAGCGGGGCGCCUCCUGCUGGCGGAGCGGUUGAAGGAGCUGGAGGAGACGCUGGCUGGCCUGGAGGGGAGGGGCCCCCGGCAUGGGGCCACGGAGCUGGCUGCUCUCAAGAUGCACGUGGAGCGACAGAACCUCACCCUCCAGUCCCUGGCGGACGUGGCCCAGCAGCAGGAGCAGCAAGCAGCCAGGCAGGCGGAGCAGCUGGCCCGGCUCCGGGAGCAGAUGGAGGGUCGCGCUGGCACCAGGACAUGAAUGGGCCCUACGGGAUGGCCGAGGAAAGCCACACGGAGCCUCACCGCUGCGAGGGACCCCGGCUCCAGGGGCUGCUGUGACAAGGGGCCAGGCAGUGCCAGUCGGGUCGCUGGAUCUGGGAGGACCCCCAGCUCCCGAGGGACGGACACGCCUCCCGAGGGCUCUGGUAUCGAGCGCUGGAGCCUCCCUCCCGCCAGGAAAUAAAUGAACCCCAGGGCUGGGGGAGCCACCUUC